GUUGACACAUGAGGUAUGAAAGAGCAACCUCUGAGCAAUGACCCUGUGGGAUUAAGCGGAAGCUGGUGUUGCUAGAGACUCGUGUUAUUAGACCAACAACAUUCUUGUACUGUCACAAUGGGCGGCGUCUCCGGAGAGACAGCGGACAUUGUGCUCCUGUCAUAAACACAGAUCAACACACAGCUUAUUAAACCAUGUCCUCCUUAAACCAAAACUUAACAUUACACAAACUCGUCUGAGAGUUUGUGUUUUAUAAAAUCCAUAAAUACCACCGUAUUAACAUCUUUAUUCAGAUUUAGCACUUUCCAGACACACUGGAUUUGAAAGUAUGACGUGCAUGCUGAUAAAUGCAUUAAUGAAGCAUUUUAUUCCUGAUGACAUCAAAAGCGAGACGAGACCUGAUUUAUAUAAAUCCUCAUGCUGGUUUAUGUCGAGCUGAUAACGGCUCUUGAAAUAAUCUGUCCCUCAUUAUCAGCCUUGUGACGUGUUCUAUUAGCUCUCUGUGGUAUUUUUGGCACACAUGGAAAACUAAAAAGCACCAAAGGGCAUUGUGGGUAGUCAAAUUCUAAACAUACCACAUGUAAUACGUUAAAACUUUGUUUUGUUUUUAAUCAUAUUGAUGAUGUUUGACUGAAAUAUUGUAUUACACAGAUCUACCCAUAUCUGUUUUUUUACUUUAAGAUUAUUUAUUGAAAUUAAAGAAAGCAGUGACAAAUCUACAGUAAGUGUUUCCCAAAUGAAGUUUGGGUAUUGUAAGGGCAUCACUGUUCCUCUCUCAGAGUCUAUCUGAUCUUAUUUUGGACAUGAACAAUGCAGUUAGGAUCUGCUGACAGGUCUCGCUGUGGCCAUGUUGUGAGCUCACAAGCUUUUUCAGGCUCUGUCCGAUUGACUCCCACCUCCCAAAAAAGAAACGGCAUCAUGGGAAGGGCUUUGUCCCGCUCCUUUCUGAUCCAGCUCUUAAGACCCCUCCAGCUGCCCACCACGGCAGAUUAGCGCUCACAAACGCCACUCCACAGAUCCUCUGAUGAUCCAGUACUGACAGGAGUCCUAACGCACAGAUCAGAACACCUGGAGGACAUGAGCAUGUUUGGCUACCGGCGAGAAUUGAGUAAAUAUGAAGAUUUGGAUGAAGAUGAGCUGUUGGCCUCGCUGACAGCCGAGGAGCUCCAGGAGCUGGAGAAGGAACUGGCUGAUAUCGAUCCGGACGGUAAUGUUCCCAUCGGACUGAGACAGAGAGAUCAGACCGUCAAGACUCCAACCGGGACGUUCAGCAGAGAGGCUCUGAUGAAAUACUGGGAAAAUGAGACCAGAAAACUGCUGGAGGAGGAAAGAAUCGGAUCCACAAGCCCGGGACAGAAAGAUGAAGACAGCAAAGAUGAUGAUGAUGAUGACGAACGCAUUACCGAUGCUGAAGAGUCUGAAGAGGAAAAAGAAGAAGAUGAAGAAAAGGAGAAAGACAACCGGAAAUAUCGUGAAGCUGAAAAACAAGAGGAAGAAGAUGAAGAAAGUGAACUUGAAGAGCCAGUGACAGAAGAAGAGGAGGAUGAAGAUGAAGAAGAGGAUAGUUCUCCAUCAGAUUGUCCUCCUCAACAUCAGCAGCGUUUAUCCUCUGACAGUCAAUCAAAUCUGAGACCGACGGAGCCUGUGAAGCGAUCCUCUCCACUCAUGUGUGAACCAAGAGUCCAAUCUCAGGAGUCCAGUCGCAUGUCAGGAAACCCCACGGUGGUGGACGAGGUUCUGGAGAAGAUCCUCAACAAUGACUCUAAAACCACUGAAGUCAACCUCAACAACAUUGAAAACAUCUCUCAAGAGACUCUUGUACGCUUUUCCGAGGCCUUGCGUUCCAACACGCACGUGCGGUACUUCAGUCUCGCCAACACGCACGCGGACGACCAGGUGGCUUUUGCCAUCGCCAAGAUGCUGAGGGAAAACUGCCACAUCACAAAUCUUAACAUCGAGUCCAACUUCAUAACAGGAAAAGGCGUCCUGGCGUUGGUGCAAGCCUUAACCCGAAACAGAACUCUCACGGAGCUUCGAUUUCACAACCAGAGGCACAUCUGCGGAGGACAGGUGGAAAUGGAGAUCGUCAAGUUACUCAGGGAGAACACCACGCUCAUAAAGCUGGGCUACCAGUUCGACCUCCCCGGUCCUCGUAUAAGCAUGACGACGAUUCUGACCCGCAAACAAGACCUUCAGAGACAGAAGAGAAUGCAAGAGCAGCGGCAACAGGGCGGUGUGGCGACAAACCCACGAACCUCCGAGCUCCAGAAGAGCGGCACUAUGGUUUCCCCCUAAGGCUCGCCUCGGAGUUCACCGUGGUCAUCUCCAAAGUUGCCACGUGUUGACAUGUCAAAGAAGAACGCUCCCCCUGCUCCACCACCACCGCCUCCACCCCCGCCUCCUCCACCACCAGCGCCUCCAUCCAAAGCCUCCGAAAAGAAGGCUCCAACUAGAACGAUAGCGGAACUAGUCAAACGUCAAGAGGAGACAAAGAAACAGCAGGGUCCGACUAAACCCAAAGCUAAAAAGAGCAAAAAAGGGCCAGGGAAGAAGACAGAGACUGACAGUGUACUGAAGGAGCUGAAGAACGCUUUGAGACCCAUUGGAGACCGAGAAAAUUCCAGACCAUCAACACCACAACGCAACGCUCAUGAUGAUCUCAUGGCCGCCAUCAGAGGAAGCUGCAUCAGAAACCUCAGGAAGGUGGAGGUUCCAUAGUAUCCUUGGUAACCGGACUGUAAGACUCUGAAACCCAACAGAAAUCCAGGUGAAAGAGGAAAAUCUGUGUAUAUAAAUCUCACUUCAAUGAUAUAGACAAAUGUUUUUUUAUUAUUAUUUUUUUUUAGUGAGUGCAUUGUUAAUGCUUUUUUAAUAAAUGUAAAUAUAUUUGAUUUGACUUCAAAUAAUACUGUUCAUUCUGUUGAUCUUUAAUUCCAUUAAUGCUUUAUGUAUUAUAAAGAAAAAAGUAAUAUGGGUAGCAAUUUAAAUAAAUUCACAAAAUAAUUCAUGAUCUAUUAAACACUCAAUAAAAUCAAA